AAUCCUGGUGUAAAUGCUGGCCAUGCGAUUCUACUUCGAGGAAUUCGGCGAUUUACCAAUCCUGUCGUUUAGCAGCAGCCUUUGACAGCACGCCUGCUCCGUCUCAUCUUCGAAGAAAUCGACCUUGAGCAACCCCGACACCAACUUUUAUUGGGUGGUCUUUUACUUGGAUAUUUCUUCUUGUUACGACGCUGAGAAUACUUAUUUAUUGGGCGGCAAGUUCCCAAUUAUAUUCUUCGGCUCUCGGGUAUCUAGUUUUGCGACGAUCACGAGCGCCAAGUGGCUUCUACACGAGCAAAGGUAGUCGGUGUUACUCUCAAUGGAGCCAUGAACAACCAAUUCGGUCGUAAAGAAGUGCGGUACCACAACAGGUCUAACGAGCUGAUCUGUGCGGUUCGAGUGGCGCUAUGGAACUACAAACCAGCAGCAGUGUUCGGUACGAGAGCGAGUGACCCAGCUCUAUCGGUGAAAACUGGCGGAAUAACGUCCACAGAGAUCGCAGCUAUCGUCAAAAGUGCAGCAACAAAAGCAGGCCACGGUCCGGCAAGAUUCUCGACCCAUUAUGUUCAAAUUGGAGGCGCCACCGUGCUGCUUAACACUGGGGUCGAUCGGCUCGUCAUUAAGCUAAUGGGUCGCUGGCUGUCAAAUGCAUUCGAGGAGUACUCGGUGCUUUCGUUCAAAGGAUCAGCGGAACUUUCACGAAACAUGUGCUUGUAA